AUGAGACGUGAUGGCCCCGUGUCCUGGGCCCAGAACAACCUCACCACGCAGAUGGCAUCGAAUCCGGAGGGCGUGGGCGGCUUCUGUGACGUCGCUUGCGCAGCUCGGGGCGAUGUUCUCGUCAGGUUGCCUGACGCAGGGCGCCGCACCGUCAGGGUCAGCCCUGUCGCGACAACGUCUCUCACGCACGAAAACCGCGAGGGCGGCAGUCCGGGAGCGCCUCCCUCGGAUCGAGCCCUGCCAUGCUUGGAGAGCUGGCGACUGGACGGCGACUGCAGCCGAGGUGUGAUGAGGAUCCGCGUCAAGGGGCUGCCCAUAGGAGAGACGGCAGAGUUUCCGUCCAAUGUGACCACCAUGAAAAAGCUUAUCGCCGCAUGUCGCUUGGGGGCCGUCGAAGGAGGUGAGACGAACAGAGCCGCAGAUCCGGGUUUCAGCCGCAUCGCGAGCCCUACGGACCCCCAAAAGAAGCUUAGCCCCUGUGCGCUAGGCAUGGGUGCUGCCGCCUGGAGCCCUGGUCUUCACACGCCCCAGCAGGGGCUCUCCAGCAUCCUGGAUUUUCUUGCGGAGGAAUGA